AUGUUGACCACCACGGCUCCCAAACGCCACUCGAUGCUCUCCUCCAAAAGUACGCUUUCCAGCGUCACAUUGGAAGACUCUCCAGGUGGCCGAAUGUUGGACGAAUGGCGCGAGAAAUUCGUGCUAUCCCAGCAGGAAGCGAUUGAGAUUUACACGGACAUGCAUCGCAAAGAUGAUACGCCCAAGGGAGGAUUUGCUCGGAGACACAGCCAUAUCACUUGGAACUUACAGGCUUGGCUGCCAACCAGCACAAUGAACUUGACGAUCGUCUUCAAUCCCAAGGAAUUGCUUCGCUUCGGCCGACUGACCUGGGAUUUUCUGACCAUCGUCCUGGUGGCCUUCGAUGCCUUGGUCUUGCCCAUCCUCCUGGCAUGGCCCGAACGCUUCAGAGAGAAUGGCCCCGUGGACAACUUCUACAAGGUGACCCCCGUCUUUUGGGUCAUUGAUAUUCUGAUGAACUUUGCGAUAGCGAGUCUUUCCGGGAAAAAGAAGAAAGCGCUACUGAUGUAUGCCUGUUCCUGGUUUUGGUUUGAUGUUUGUUUGGUGGUCUUGGAUUUCGUCCUCCUUUUGCAGAUGGUACCAGAGACUCUAAAGGCAUUGACCUUGCUGCGCUUGUUUCGAUUUGCCAAGUUCAAGCACGCGAUGGUGGAAUUGGAGAGUAUCUUGGAAUCCCGGGGGCUGAUUCGCGCCAAGCACAUCUCCACGAUUCUGCAGUGUGUGAUUUUCAUUCUCAUCGUGAACCACGUCUUAGCCUGCGUCACCGUCUACGUGGGGCGCCGAGAGCAACAAAGCCAUCGAACCAACUGGAUGGAUGAGAACCAGGUUACCGACAACAGCUGGCUGUUUCAAUACAUGAUCUCCUUCAACUGGGUCAUUGCAGAGUACACUCCAGCACCGUACCCUUUUGCUGCAACCAACGAGCUGGAACAAGCCCUGGUGCUGGCGAUCAUCCUGACGUGUUUGCCCAUGCUGGGAGCACAGAUUGGAAUCAUCAGUGGGACUUUGAACAAGAUGAACGAGAAGACAAAGGAACGCGAGUCCGUGAAACGAGACUUGCAACGGUGGUUGAGAAAGACAAAAGCGCCCAAAGCACUGACGCAGCGUGUGGUGGCGGCUCUUGAUGAAGUCUUGCGGUCGGGUGAAAACCCACUGGAUUUCCGGGAGCCGUUGGCGCUGGAUUUCUUGCCGACCACGCUGAUUCAAGAGCUCCAUAUGGUGAACACCAGCGACAAACUCUCCAUCCACCCGCUGUUCUCCAUGCUGAUGGAUGAAAGACUGGAAUUUGGUGGUCGUUUGGCCUCGUCCUUCCAAUCCAAGGUCUACAUCCAUGGUGAGGUCAUCUUCAGCGAAGGUCGGCGAGCCGAAGGUGUCUACAUCACAACACACGGGGGGUUCUCGUUUCAACCGUCCAAAAGCGAGAACUUUCAUGUGAAAAACCGCAACAGCAAAAGCGUGCACUGGAAUAAUGAAAGCUGGUUCGCCGAGCUUUCUCUCUACUUGUCCAGGAUCCAUGCAUCGACCCUGACAGCGAUGACCUAUGCGAAAUCGCUAACGAUGACCUACCAGUCCUUCAUCGAGGCGGUGCACGAUUGGCCAGCAAUUGUGGUGGCUGUUCACGAGUACGCACAGUCCUUCCUGAAAUUGUAUGAGAAAAAAUCCUAUGUUCUUGAGAGUACCUGGGAGCUGCCUCCUACAGAGUGGACUUAUGAUUCGGUUGCUGCCACCCAACUGGCGGAGCUGCUGAUUCCUGGCACCAGUCGAUUACAUUCCUUCAAGGUCAACCAUGUACCAAAGUCGGUGGACUACCGAAAACUCCUCCAGGAGGAUGCAGAUUCAUUGAAUUCAUUGGAUGACCAGAUUGAUGAGGUGCUGGAUCAAACCGCCGAGUUCAAAGAGGACAGCGGCAUCUACGAUGCCUUGGGCUGCCAGGAAGAGGCGAAGCGGGCCACUCUGUCCAUGCUUUGUUUGGGAUGGUUUGUUCGCGACAACUACCAGCACAUGACCAUCAACCAGGAUAGACCUUCUCGACUCUCCAAGUCUACAUGGAAAUCGAUUCGCGAUCUUCUGUUUUGCGAUGAGAUGACCUUGGAUGAGUUGAAUGGUCUCAUGGUGCUGCUGGCAUGCCGUGGCAUCUGUAAGAGCCCCGACUUUGCCAAGAUUGUACCGCCCAGGGACCGCACACGUCCAGAGCAGGUGUUGUCUUACGCCGUGGAGAACUUGCAGGCGUACCUGCCAUCUUUGGCUUCUCUGACGGGUGAAAGCUAUCAAUACCUUGGGCCUGUUGUUGACAUCUUGAAGGAGUUCAACUUCCCACAGUUUCUGCAGGGUGAGAACAACCCACACUCCGUGUUUCUCCUGCAGGAUGGCUUAACAAAUCAAGGUGAGAAGGUCUUGAAGAUGUGCUUACUCUCUCAAGUUUGUAUCCUUUGUGGAGUCACAGGGACUGUCACUUUGAAGGGUUCUCUUUUUUUGAACGAAGCGAAUGGUCGUUGCUUGGUCAGAGCUCUCCACGCUCUCCAACAGAUUCACGAGCUAGACCCCCAUGCGGUCUACUGGAAAUACAUUCAGAGCCGGGCCGAGGCACUGAAUCUACCAGUGAUGACGCCUUCGCACAUGGUUCAAGCACGUUUGGCCUGCCUCACACGAUGCGUGGAGCAACAGCUGGCAAUGGAGUUGCAAGAUGAUUGGCUUCAUUUGACACAGAAAGAAAGGGAUGUGCUAUUGGACGUUUUCCUGUUGGAUGGCCAUGAGCAGAAAACCUUUGUCUUUGUGUACCUGCCACUGUUCUUGGCAAACUCAAGAGCCAACCACGAUGUCAACCUUUUGGGCGGCUUAAAGUUCUUGGUGGAGAUCUACGACAGGUUGUUGCAGCAUCGCUGUUUGAGCUUGACGGGUCCGAGCGUCAUGGUGGAUUUGUCAUCCAUGGCUUUGGUGAUGAAAGACGUCGAGGACAUUCCCACCCUGCGAAAAUGUUUUGACUUUGCCAAGUUGGUCAAGCACGAGAAUGGAGUAACCAUUCUCCUGACGACCAACAGCUACCAGGUCCUAUCAGGCUCGGUCAGUUGGUUCAUCACACCAGAAGUGUUGACAUGCCUGGAGCUCAAAAAGCGGGGAGCAGGGAGUUGGACCACUCAGCACUGA